CGGGCGGGAAGCUCCACCAGUCGUCUAUCUGAUAGCGAACAGUGUGCUUGUCCAGUCCAUUAGUGCUUUUGACUGAAGUUUCUCGAAUUUAAUUUAAAUAUGGCCCCCAGAAACAAGGAACAAGAACAGGAAGUCCUGAACUGGAUCACAGCUGUCACUGGGGAACCCCUUCCCAACGGCGCCUAUGAGGACGUCCUGAAGGAUGGCGUGGUCCUUUGCAAACUCAUCAACAAACUGUCCCCAGGAUCCGUCAAGAAGAUCCAGGAGAGAGGAACCAACUUCCAGCUUAUGGAAAACAUCCAAAGGUUCCAGGCUGCCAUCAAGAAAUACGGAGUCCCAGAAGAAGAAAUCUUCCAAACUGCCGACCUCUUCGAGAGGCGUAACAUUCCUCAAGUUACGCUCUGCUUGUACUCUCUUGGCAGAAUUACGCAAAAGCACCCAGAAUGGACCGGUCCUCAGUUAGGCCCGAAAAUGGCUGAGAAGAACGAGCGUACCUUCACUGAGGAGCAGCUGAGGGCUCACAACGCCGAGCUCAACCUUCAGAUGGGCUUCAACAAGGGAGCGUCACAGUCCGGCCACGGUGGCUUUGGAAACACCCGCCACAUGUAAACAAAUCUCUCAAGCUUGGUGUCCGAGACCAAACCCAAACCUUUCGGAGAUUACCAGUAUUUUAGCAAUCUUAUUCCAUUGUCUGACAGAUGAAGGAGCACUUUCUACCUUUCUAAAUUUAACGCUACGCUAACUUAACGACAAAACGUGUGAUAGAUGAAUAAUGGGACCACAUGAGUGAAUAUACCAGCAGAGUUCAAAUCAAAUGCUGCUCGUCUAGUUUAAGAUCAUUCUAAAAAACUGAGACGAGGGCCGUUUCAAAAUAUGGAAACAGUAGAAACUUAUAGCGAACCGCUCUAUUGGAAUAUUGACUAAUGUGGUGUGACUCUAGAUUUACACAUCUAACAAGUGCUAUAUUUAAGACUUUUUUUAUUUUGUACAUAAUUUAACAAUUAUUUAAUAAACAUUGAUUGUAAGUA